AUGAUUCAUCCCACACAUUUCUACCUCGUGAAAGAAGUUGUUUCCGACGCCAUGUUAUUGAAAUACUAUGCUCUUGGGGCAUUUGCCCUUGUGCCUGCAAUUAGUGCUCUCCCCCUGACAGAGCAUCCUGAUGCGCUUUCGCGCCACACCGAUGUGGCCGUCAAUCAUUACUGGAACAACAAGCACCUCGAUAAGCGCGACUGGGAUCGCAAGUACCCCGACAAGAACGACGGCAAGUACGCCGACAAGAACGACGACAAGAACGAUGACAAGAACGAUGACAAGAACGAUGACAAGAACGAUGACAAGAACGCCGGCAAGUACGGCGGCCAGUACGACGACAAGAACAAUGACAAGAACGCCGGCAAGUACGACGGCCAGUACGGCGGCCAGUACGGCGGCCAGUACGACGACAAGAACGAUGACAAGAACGCCGGCCAGUACGACGGCCAGUACGGCGGCCAGUAUGACGACAAGAACGAUGACAAGAACGCCGGCAAGUACGCCGACAAGAACGACGGCAAGAACGACGACAAGAACGAUGACAAGAACGCCGGCAAGUAUGGCGGCCAGUACGACGACAAGAACGAUGACAAGAACGCCGGCAAGUACGGCGGCCAGUACGACGACAAGAACGAUGACAAGAACGAUGACAAGAACGCCGGCAAGUACGACGGCCAGUACGGCGGCCAGUACGAUGACAAGAACGACGACAAGUACGACUAA